GGAAGCGAUGCGGUGGAACCAAAUUUGAAAGGAGCUGAGGUGCAGCGGGGAAGCUCGGCCGGCUGUGGUUGCGCUGGUUACCCGGGUCUCCUGAAUGCCGCCGCUAUGCCUAUCCGUGCGCUCUGCACGAUCUGCUCCGACUUCUUCGAUCACUCCCGCGACGUGGCCGCUAUCCACUGCGGCCACACUUUCCAUCUGCAGUGCCUGAUCCAGUGGUUCGAGACAGCACCUAGUCGGACCUGCCCACAAUGCCGAAUCCAGGUUGGCAAAAGGACCAUUAUCAAUAAGCUCUUCUUUGAUCUUGCCCAGGAGGAGGAGAAUGUUUUGGAUGCUGAAUUCUUAAAGAAUGAACUCGACAACACCAGAGCCCAGCUUUCCCAGAAAGAGAAGGAGAAGCGAGACAGCCAGGCCAUCAUUGAUACCCUGCGGGACACACUGGAGGAGCGCAAUGCCACCGUGGAAUCCCUGCAGCAGUCCUUGAACAAGGCAGAGAUGCUGUGCUCCACCCUCAAGAAGCAGAUGAAGUUCCUGGAACAGCAGCAGGACGAGACCAAGCAAGCGCGGGAGGAGACCCGCCGACUCCGGAGCAAGAUGAAGACCAUGGAGCGGCUUGAGCUCCUGCUCCAGAGCCAGCGACCCGAGGUGGAGGAGAUGAUCCGAGACAUGGGUGCGGGACACUCGGCGGUGGAGCAGCUGUCCGUGUACUGCGUGUCCCUCAAGAAAGAGUAUGAGAACCUAAAAGAGGCUCGGAAGGCCUCCGGGGAGCUGGCGGAGAAGCUGAGGAAGGAAUUGCUUGCUUCCCGAAGCAAGCUGCAGAUCGUCUACUCUGAACUGGACCAGACCAAGGUGGAGCUGAAGUCAGCCCAAAAGGACUUACAGAGUGCAGACAAGGAGAUCACGAGUCUGAGGAAGAAGCUGAAGAUGCUGCAGGAAACCCUGAGCCUGCCCCCCACGGCCAGUGAGACUGUCAACCGCCUGGUCUUAGAAAGGUUUGUUGAGCCUUUGGGGGAGGCCAGGGGUUCUUCUGAGCAGGCCAUUGCCAGGAAGAUGCCCACAGGCCCAAAGCAGGAUGGCCAGCUCUCGCUAGGCGGCCAGUGCUGUGCCAGAGAGCCAGAUGAGGAACUGGUCGGUGCCUUCCCUGCCUUCAUCCGGAAUGCCAUCACCUCGGGCCACAAACAGCCCAAGACGACCAGGACCCAGCCUUUCCACCGGACAGAUGCAGUAAGGACGGGUUUCGAUGGACUUGGGGGCCGGACAAAGUUCAUCCAACCUACUGACUCGUCUGUGAUCCGUCCAUUGCCUGUCAGAAAGCCUAAAAGCAAGACUAAGCCACGAACGGGCGUGAAACCAGUGCCCUCUCCCUCCCAGGCCAAGCUGGACACCUUCCUGAGGUAGCUCAGGGGCUCUGACCUUGGUCCCCUGGGCUUAGGGCAAGAACAGUAAGCCUGAUUAGUGGUUGGCUAUGUGACUCCAACUUGGAGGCCAGCAGCUGGCCAGAAGGUGCC